ACAACCUUCAUACGUCAUCAAAGCGCAUCGUCGAACUGUCAAAUAAAGAAAAAGUGAUGCUUAUAGCUUGUUUCAUACAACAGGCUCUAUGUAAAAAAAGCCCCAACACGAUACAAUUAAUAUAUUUGUUCUUUGUAUAUUUAUAAAUUUGUAAGCAUAAACGAGUUAACGAACGGCGUUCAACGAAAACGAAAUCGUUUCACCAAAAACCGCACCGAAUAUUUUCGUGCAUUGUGUUUUAGAGGUAAUUCAAUUAUUUUUUUUCUUGUUCUUUUUGAACGCCGGUGUUGUAGUGAAAAUGCAUAAAAUUCGCUGUUAGUGGCACAGAGUAAAAUUGCAAAAAAAGUUAACAUUCGCUAAUAAAGUGGAAUCAGUUAAAAAACUAGCAAAGUUCUUCGGGGCAUGCCAUUGCUUUUUUUAAUAUCCGAACUAGUUCAUUCGAAGUAUUUUGAUUCAGCGGCAAACUCAUUUUUACUCAGACUAUUCAAUUUCUACAAGUAUAUUUGCAAACAAAUGAUGGAUACACCGAAAAUUGUUGCAGCUAAGGACAACAUAACCUUCAAAAAAGUUACGUUUGAUGGGGGAGAACAGAGCGCAUACGAAACUGAUGGUGCUAGUGUAGUUGUCGUAGGCAGUUCAGGAUCGCACGACCACGGUAGCUCGAAAAUUAAAUUGAAAAAUAUCGUCGAUUACAAGUGGGAGGUGAAGAAUUACAUCGGUCGUUUGAUUGCAGUACAUCUUGAUGGAAAAUAUGUUGCGUAUGCAAUUAAGGUGGCUGGUAAAAAGGGGAACAUCGAAGGAAUGGUACGCGUACGCGUUGCUAAUCCAAAUACAGGCUCGCGCGCUUUAAUUCGCGGAAAAUCAAGCGAAGUACUUGAUUUGCAGUUUGCCCACAUGAAAUCCCAAAUUAUGUUGGCUUCCAUUGAAAAUACCGCACUACAUAUUCACAAAAUCGAAACCAUCAACGACAACAUAAUUUGUACGUUGCAACUGAAAAUUGAUGAUCCAGUCGAAGGCCAUGUGUCAAAAUUUGACAAAAUCAAUUGGUGCCCGUAUGUACCAGAAAAUGAAACAGAAACUGACAAUGAUGCUGGAAAACUGUUGGUUUGGACACGUGGCACCAGUUUUCAAUGUUACAAUGUUGGAACGGUUGUUGACAAUUAUGGCAUCGGAACACAUCAUGCCAACGAUAUAACCGAAGGCUCAUUGAAAUUUUAUGAAGUUUCUGCUAUAACUGAUGCUUCACUCUCUCCAGACGGAACGACAUUGGCUAUAACCCUUGAAGACGGUGAUAUUCGCUUUUAUCAAGUUUAUUUUCAUUGCAACGAAGAUGAACCACGACUUUUGCAUCAAUGGACACCACAUGAAAAAAAACCUGUGUCUGGCUUAUUCUUUUUGGAUGAUCACACCAAAUCUGCAGCUGGAAGUUCCCUUUGGAAAUAUGCCAUUACGGCAAGUGAUAACAAUACUGAAUUUAAAGUAUGGUGCUGUUCGUCGUGGGAAUGUUUACAAACCAUUCGAUUCGAAGCAUCAGAUGGAAAACCGAUGUUUUUCAAAACAGAAAUCGAUCCGACUUCAUCGUAUCUUGUACUAACUGAUGCCAAAAGUCGAAAUUUAUAUGUGAUGCAAAUUUUACAAGAAGAAGAUGCCAAAUCCGAUGUGGCCGAAGUGGGUCAAAAUGGAAGUCAAAAUGGAACAAAACCGUAUGCAUUUAUAAAAUCAAUCACUGAGUUUCCGGUGUCGUCCCCAAUUCUUUCAUUUAAUAUCGUUGAUGCAACUGUUCGAAAAUAUAAAUGCGCUUACAAUGAUGUUUACUUACUCGAAGAUCUCGAUGAUUAUGACGAAGACAACUUGAAUCGAUACUGUGUUGUGAUUCAUUUGUUUUUGGUGCAACCGAAAAGCGUACAAGAAUGUCAUGUGCUGUAUCAACCUUCUUUGAGUGUAGAUGCUGAUGUUGGUAGCUCUAUAUCUGUACUGUCCGAUAGUGGAAAUAAUGAUCGUGAAGAGGAAGCACUGGUAAACGAUUUGGCCUCAAUGUUGAGUAUAACGAAAUCGUCUUCGCAAGACGACUCGUCGGGAAGUUCAAUAUCAAGUGUAUCAAAAUCGAAUGUUCAAAUCCGGGCAUUGCUUGAUUCGGCCAGUAGUGCAAGUGGUACGGAGAAUUCGUCAAAUGUGACCAAAACGACUGAACUAAGCAAGGGUGAAAUAAAUAAACCAUCAUCAGCUUUAAACUUGCUUACUCCAGAUUCUUUCCAUUCAUCUGGUAAAAUUACACCGGAAGGCGUCAGCAAUGAGGUUUACUCAACCUUACGUAUGUUGGCUGGUGAGAAACCAGUGGAGAGCUCCAAAAAACCACUACUUUUGGUGAACAACAAGCAAGGCAGCGACGAAUCUGACAAAGUACAACUAAUGCAACAGGUUUCCGAGGAAAGCAAUAAUGGCAAUAAUGAAAAACUUUCGGAAAUUGUGCCCCCAUUACCACCGGCAUCAAUGCUCAACACUGGCGUUUCCGGUGGUUCAAGUCCAAGUCGUGAAGUGCAAGAGAUUCUCUCACAAAAGGGUUCGGAUUGCAUUAAUGACUUCUACAGUAAUUCCAUUGAUAUUCAAGACGAUACAGAUGCAAGCGGCAACAAUUGUGAUGCUGCCGAUGGCAACGAUGAAGAAAAAAAUAGCAAUCAAGACGAUGACGAAACGUAUACUCUGAACAAUGUGACCGAAUCUGCUAAUCAAGCAAGUGCUAUUACCGCACCAAGCAAAAUUGAUUGGCCAGAUGCACCAACUACAAUGCAAACAUUCAGUCAUAAUCCAGUAGCCACUGAAACAAUCAACGACAUUAACAUCAAAUUAGAUCAACUGAUGGAAAUCAUACAGACGCAAAAUUGCCAAUUAUCGGAGCUUCGUAGUGAAGUGGCUGAUUUGAAGAAGUCUCAGUCGAACGCUGUAGCCACAUCAAAACAAACACAAAAUGUUGACAUUAAUAUACAGAAACUUGAACAUCGUGUAUCACGUUUGGUCGAAGAAUAUCUUUCACGGAACGAACGCGAACAAAACAAACGCCUUGAAAACUUCUUGAUGACACGAGACAAUCAAGUUCGUGAGAAUAUUGUAAUGGGACUGGGUCCGGUGUUGUGCAAUCAGUUGAGCAGCCAAUUGGCGCAAGUAUUUGUUACAGAAAUUCAGAAACAUCUGCUGCCGGUCGUGGGCGCUCGUUUGGAUGGAAUCAAAGCACAAAUUCAAUCUGAAAUCGCACAGAAGCUCACCAUCACCGAUAAAGUCAUCAAAGAAAAUAUAUCGAACAUUUGUAAGAGCAAAGAAACGUCUGAUAUUUUUGGCCAUGCCGUUGUAAAUGGCAUAAAAUCGGGAUUGCAACAAAUCUAUAUUGAAUCCAUGAGAUCUGUAAUUUUGCCGGCAUACGAAAAGGCCAAUGCUGAACUCUUCAAACAACUUUAUGACACCUUCAAUAAGGGAACCAUCGCAUACGCCAACCAAAUGGCAAACUACACAAAAAUGUAUGAGCCAAUUCAUGCUGAAUUGAUAAACAUUAUGCAAACGGUACCAGAACAAUUGCGAAGUUUAAACGAAGCAUCGGUCAAUGUAUGUACUCAACGUGUUAGCAAUGAAAUCAACAAAGAUAUCAAGACAAUGCAAGUGAAUCUCUUGAAAACGCUGAAAGAAAACAUUAAAAUGGAGAUUAAAAAAGGUUUCGAAACACAGGCGGCAAAUUUGGAAGAUUCGGUGAUGAUGGCGGUACGGUCUCAAGCUCAAACACCCGCACCAAGUGUAUUUGAUGUGCAAGAACAAAUCAAAGCAUUGUUGCAUCAAGGUCAAGUCAACAAAGCGUUCCAUCAGGCAUUGCAGGCAAACGAUUUACAUUUGGUUGAGUACGUCCUUGAGCGUGCCGAUAUUAAUCAAGUAUUCAAUCCAUGCUCGCUCGAACAGACCGUCUUAUUGUCGUUGAUACAACAAAUAUCGGCCGAUAUGUUAAAUCACAGCGAACUGAAGCAAAAGUAUUUGUCCGAUGCCAUAAUCAAUUUAAAUAUGCGUGAUCAAAUCACCAAAGAGCAUUCGCCAAAAGUCCUCAAAGAUCUACUAUCAAAUUGUCAAAUCUAUUUGUCGGCCAAUCCACAUAGUCCACUCAGCAGUAAUGUUCGUGUGCUCAUUAUGGCUGUUCAAGGUUUUGGCAUCACUUCUAUGUGACACGAGCGCAAGAAGCGUUAACAGAAUGAAUCAUCGACCACAACAUAAACAUUACCAUAAUUUACUCUAUAUUACACAUUUCUGUCGUCUUUCAAAACCUCAAGAACAUUUAAGUCCAAUUCUGGACAUUUCGACAUUUGAUAUAAGAAUACUAUUAGAACAACAUUAUUUUCUUUUUCCAUUUUAUGUUGAAAUAACUUAUAUAAAACGAUUUAAAGGUGAUUACAACACAAAGCAAAUCAUAAAAAUGUUAUUUUGUUUCGACGACCAUUUCUAUGGACAUUUAAAAAAAAAAUUAUUG